AAUCAUCCUCCAAUCAAGAAUUCGACGUUUCUCUCUCUCACCUUUUUUCUCUUUCUCUCUUGUCGUUUUUCCUCCAAGCCAGCAAAAAGUGCGGCUGACUUUUUUCUCACACCAAGAAGAAAGCUACUGGCGGCUGCUACUUGUUUUUUCUCUCUUUUCCGUUUUUCUCCAAAAACUCCUCUCUUUUUCCUUUCUCUCUCUUCGAUUUUCACGCACCAAGAAGAAAGCUACUGGCGGCUGCUACUUGUUUUCCCACUUAAAAACCCUCAGUCUUGUUAGCUUGUGUUAUAGAUUGGCGCACAAAUAGGCUGGCUCACACAAGUCCAACAAAAAAAAACAUAUAUCACCUUAGCAAAUACUGUUCAUUGUAUUCAAUUGAUUUUUUCAAGGUUUGAACAGUUAAAUGCUUGCGAAUUCUGCUAUAAAAUCACCAACGCCGAAUCAACUUUAACCAGUAAAAGUUUCCCAUUCAUGGCGGACGAAAGAAAGGUGCACAUAGUAAUGUUUCCAUGGCUAGCAUUUGGCCAUAUAAUCCCAUAUUUAGAGCUCUCCAAGCUUAUAGCUAAAAAGGGUCACAAAGUUUCCUUUGUUUCCACCCCAAGAAACAUCGAUCGUCUCCCAAAACAACCUCCAAAUCUAGCCCAUCAUCUAAAAUUUGUCAAAAUUCCCUUACCCCUUAUUGAAAAUCUCCCUGAAAAUGCAGAAGCCACAAUUGAUCUACCCUACAAUAAAGUCAAGUACCUCAAACUAGCCUGUGACGCCCUCCAACAGCCCAUAACUGAAUUUCUUCAACGAACUUGUCCUGAUUGGAUUCUCUACGAUUUUCCUUCUUAUUGGAUACCCUCUAUUGCAUCUAAGCUGAAUAUCCAUACAGCCUAUUUCAGUAUCUUUACGGCAGCGUUUUUGGGAUUCUUGGGGCCGACGGAAGUUUUGAAGGGCGAUGAAGAUGGCAGAAAAACGGCCGAAGACUUCAUUGUCAAACCAAAAUGGGUUCCUUUUGAGACGAACGUUGCUUUCAAGUUGUUUGAGAUUCUUCGAAUAUUUGAUAGCAUAGAAGGCGAUGAAGAGAAUAUUUCUGACAUUUGGCGUGUGGGAGCUGCAAUUGAAAAUUGUGAUGUAUUGGCUGUAAGAAGUUGUUCCGAAUUUGAACCAAAAUGGUUAAAAGUUUUGGAGGAAAUUUACCAAAAGCCAGUAGUUCCAGUAGGUCAAUUGCCCACUACUGGAAAUAAUGAUGAUGGAGAUGAGGAGAAAGAUGAAGCAUGGAGGUUUAUGAAAGAGUGGCUCGACAAGCAAGCAAAAGGCUCAGUUGUUUAUGUAGCUUUCGGGAGCGAGGCGAAACCAAGUCAAGCUGAACUCAAUGAGAUUUCCCUGGGUUUGGAGUUGUCUGGCUUGCCAUUUUUCUGGGUUUUAAGGAAGAAACGUGGAGGUGAAGAUACUGAAGUGAUUUUGCUGCCUGAAGGGUUUGAGAAUCGGACUAAGGAUCGUGGGGUGGUUUGCACAAGUUGGGCACCUCAGCUGAAGAUAUUGAGUCACGAGUCGGUGGGCGGGUUCUUGACUCACUCAGGUUGGAGUUCUGUUGUGGAGGCUGUACAGUUUGAGAAGCCUCUUAUUUUGCUGACCUUUCUUGCUGAUCAAGGGAUAAAUGCGAGGGUUUUGGAGGAGAAAAAGGUGGGGUAUCCCAUUCCUAGAGAUGACUCGGACGGGUCGUUUACGAGAGACUCGGUGGCCGAGUCACUAAAGUUGGUGAUGUUUGAGGAGGGGGGGAAAAUUUAUAGAGACAAAAUUAAGGAAAUGAAGGGCAUGUUUUGUGAUGAGGGUAGACAAGAUAGGUAUGUGGAGAAUUUGUUGACCUUUCUUCAAAGCUAUAGAAGUGUAAAAGAUGACAAAUAAGGAAUGUUCGAAGUGAGAAGAGGGGAUGAUUUGCUCUUGUAUUUGCCAUUUGGAAAUUCGACUUCAUUGAACUUUUGCAGAAUCAACACUCCAGCCAUGAUUGGAUGCCUUGACGAAAAUGAUAAAGGAGUUAGAAAAGAAAAUUGUUGUAUCCAUUGGGGUCAAAUUGAGUUUUGUGGGGGAAAUAAAUGGUUGAUAUGGU